ACAGACAGACAGACAGACAGACAGACAGACAGACAGACAGACAGACAGACAGACAGACAGACAGAGUGGCAGUUUGAGGUCAAUGAUAGAAGGUGGAGGCAUUUCAUUUAGUUAACCUCGAAUGUGCUUUAUUACUGCAAACACGCACUGCGUUUUCAAUUCACGUCUGAGAAGGGAUUCUAUCAACCAUGUUGGUGUGUUUUGAGGCUUAGGGUUGUCAAAGAGAGUAAUCAUGUUUAGGCUGCCAAUAUAAUACGUUGAGAUUGUUAGGUAAACAUGAAUACACGUGUACAUCAUUUGUGAGAACAUACACAAGCACGUUUAGGAAUGAAUUCCACUACUGGCAUACUGAGGAAGUAGCUAGUACAUCAAAGAAAGAUGCUGUCCAUUUAAUGAACAGCACUUCAACCCACAACUGAGUUUGUAGGGGGAGAGGCUUCAUGCAGUCUGCAAACAUUUGAUUAGGAGCAGCAAUGAAUGGCUUUUAUAGAUGCUGCUGACGUUUUAUGUUGGGUCUUGUUUCUCCGGCCCUGGGUAGAGGGGGUGGAGUAUGUAGCUAGUUUACAGGUUUUGCUGGGUUAGGUGGGGUUGGAGGUGGACUGUGUGGCUCGCUCUCCCUGAGUACAGGCUGAUUGGAUUUAUCCAGAGAGGGAGAAUCUGUCUCCUCCUCUCCCCUCCCCGUCUCUCCAUCCUUUCUCAUUUAUCUGUCUGCUUUAAUAGGUACUCCAUCCCAGAAGGCUUGUUGCAUCCAUGUCAGUUUUGUUCCUCAGGGCGGAAAAACAUGAGUGCGGCCAGGGGAGAUGAUAGGCGGAGCUGCUGAGGAGGGAGAAGAGGGGGGAGACCCCCAGGGGAGCAGUGAAACAGCACCGGGACCUUGGCCCAUCCAGUACUAGGCUGCCUGCCAGGCUCAUGUUUCAACCUCUGCCUCAUAGAAAACCACAACACACUGACUGACAGUUCAGCUCCAGUCCACCAUAACGGAUCUAAACUCCCAGAUUCACUCAGUCAACCCGAAAAGCAAUUGUGCCAUUGGAAACUGAGGAAUACAAGCCUGUAUAAGAUGCACUGGAACCCGGAGCAUGCCCAGUCUCUCAGCCAGUGGCCUGAGCAGCACCUGGAUGUGUCCUCCACCACCUCCUCGCCGGCCCACAAGUCCGAGCUGUAUGCCGCUGGCCGCACCCACGGCCGAGGAGGCUCCACCCACGGCUACGCCUGGGCCAAUGACGACAUUGGUGCCCUAACCGCCUCCAAUCUGCUGAAGAGCUAUGCAGAGAAGUACUCUGGUGUUCUAGACUCACCCUACAACCGUCCACCGGGGCCCGCUGUAGGGGCCUACCCAGAGCCAGGGGCCUUCGGGGGCCUCAAUGGCCUCAAGACUGAGCUGGAGCCCUGGCCCCUGAGCCACAGUGCGGAGGGGCCCUACCCCGUGUCCCUGGAUGGUCUGUCAGGCCCCAAGGCUGGGGCCACAUCAGCAGGGCCCCCAGGUGCCAGCAGUGUGUCAGUGGUCAACAGUAACCUCUCAGACUCUGGAUAUAGUGGUAGCAGCUCCUGCUCUGGGUCUCACUCCGGUGACUACAACCCCCCCAGCUACAACGGUACCUACCUCUCGUCUGGGUACUGCCCCGGGCCCCUGCCUGGCUCAGCACUUCCCCCCGCCUCCCUCCACCACCCCCUCCAGCCCACGCCCACCCUGGUGCCCAGCUACUCACCCUCCACCCAAGUUUACAACUACCCGCCAACCAGCUACCCCCACCAGCCCAGCCUGGCCCCCACUUACAGCCACCCCUCUGGAGGGUACUUACACUCCGGGCUGGCCGCCCCUACUCCUCUCCCCUCCCGGCCCACCGUAGUCGGGGGUAGCUACAGCUACCAGGAGUCUGGAAGUGGGGUGAAGAGGAAGGCAUUUGACAUGUCAUUGGAAGAGGAGGGGGAAGGUUCUCGAUACAGGAAGUAUUCAGGCUACGACCCAAUGAAGUCCGGAGGAGGAGGGGACUCUCUCUCUCCCUACAGCAUGGGGGAUAAAGGAAACAUCAGAUUCACCACAGGCAGCACAGAUCCCCUGGCAUUUAAGCCCAGUAAGCCCUCCUCCCAGCCCCUGGUGUCCCCUCCCUAUAUGGUGGCUGUAGCAGGUGAAAACAGCCCAGCAGCAGGGAUGACUGGAGAGAACGGAGGAGGAGGGGGGUCAGAAAACCAGGUCUUCUCCCACUCCCAGCAGCAACAGCAGCAGCACCGCUCCUCCCAGGCUCACAACCAGAAACGCCCCUCCCUCCACGGCCAGGGCCAGCCUGGGUCUGGACCAGGGGAGACAGCCAGAAUGAAGAGUCCAGACCCCAUGGUUCUGGAUCUAGUCAAUGGGGAAGUGCUGGAUUGCAGCCCAGCCCUGCUAUGGGGGGAGCUGGCUGGGCUGACCCACGUCAAGGCUGCCCUGGAGGAGGAGCUGUUGUGGCCCUGUCUAAGGCCCAGCCCUGCCAUCCUACCCCCAGCCACCGUGCUGCUGUUCGGCCCCCGGGGAAGCGGGAAGACCACUCUGGCCCGCUCCAUGGCCGCCCAGCUGGGGGCCUCCUUCUAUAGGCUCAGCGGGGCUAUGUUAGCUUCUAAAGGCAAGGUGGAUGCCGAGGGGAUCCUGGGGGCCACGCUGCAGGUGGCUGGGGCGAGACAGCCUUCUGUUGUGCUGCUCAGUGAAGUGGAGGCUCUGGAGGAUGAGGAGGGGCUGAGGCAGGUGUUGCUAUCCGCCCUGGAGAAGGCCCAGAUGGGGUUAGGGUCGGCGGGGGGAGCGCCUGGGCUGGUGAUUGUAGUGUGUACCACUAGCAGGCCAGACCUGCUCCAGGAUACGGUGCAUCGGAGAUUCGCCAAGCACUACCACGUGGGUCUGCCAGAUGCGGGGAUGCGGAGACAGGUGCUGCUGCAGGCGCUAGUGCCCCAGGGAUGUUCUCUCAGUGACAGGGAGCUGGGGGCUGUACUGCAGCGGUCAGAGGGGUUCUCUGUGUGGGAGCUGCUGCAGCUCUGCCAGCAGGCCCUAUCCUCAGCAUCCACCUCGGGCCCUCAGGGGCCCUUACACAGCCUUUCAGGACAGGCUACGGGGCCCCCAGCCCUCAAAGACUUUGAGAACGCCUUCUGCAAGGUGCGUCCGCAGUCAAACGCCACCCCGAAAGAACUGGACACUUGUAUGGAGUGGAGCAAGGUGUACAGCCACUGAGAAGGCAGGAAGGCAGGGAGACAGCCACUGUAUGUAAUAUAAUGUAGGAGACUGUGAAUGUAAACCCUGUCUUCACUUUUGACAUGAUGACAAGUCUUGGGAAUGUUUUACUGUUUAGUUUUUUUGCAAUUACUUAUUAUUAUGCAACCAAAGGUGUUAAAUUGUCAAGAUCGAAGGUUUGGGAGAGAUGAGAAGCAGAUUUAACAUAGGUUUCUCUGGUUAGCAUGCUGAUGUUUCUAUUAAAUAUACAUAUACUUUAUUUUUCCCAAAGAAAAAGAUAGAUGAUGCCUUUGUGGACGGGGCAGUGUAUUACAGUAGUAGUUGAACCUAUAUGGUGGGAUAACUGCAUCAUUGGAGAUUACUUCUCAAAGGUUUCAAAUCCUAACUUGAGAUCUAUUUGCAUAACCUGUCUCUAAAAUCUCGACAUCAGUGCGUGAAUCACGCAAAAGCCGAGUUGAGUGCAACGUGCAUCUCUAGACAGUUAGGAUUCCACCCAAAGAUCCAUCUUUUUUUGUACUACAGGACAUACGUCAGUGAUGUGUUGUCAAGGUGACGUAGUCCAAGGUGAUGGAUCACCAGGGUCUUUAGGAACAACCUGGACUUGUCCAAUAAGAAACACUUUUUCUUUUUGCUUUCCGUUGCAAAACAGAUUGAAAAGGGGCAGGACGACCUGGACUCGUUCAAUAAAAGCAAUUCUCGUUGCAAAACAUUUUAAAACAUUUGUUUCUUCAUGAACAUGACCCAGGGAUUUUUUGAGAGAUCUCUCUGUUGUCUGACUGCUACUCUCAGGACCCUAUCUAUAACCAGUCCACUCCUGUGGUGUUUUAGUUUUCAUUGGUCAUUUGGUGUGUGAAAACAGCUUAGAAUCAAUUUGAACAACUAUAGUGGGGGUUUUGUCCACAAAAAAAUGAUCAACAAUACCUCAUUGUCUCUUAGCAUUAUGGGUUAUUAACUUAAAACACAGCUUUUAGCUUCUCACCAAAGUCAUGUCAUUGUGCUGAAAUAAUUCAACAAAAAGCAUCAUCAUCAUUUGAUCUGGUCUUAUCGUGGAAACUUUGGAUCAAUAGUCCCUCUUUCCCCUAUAGUACAGUAUCACAUCAUUCACAUCUGUUUUGGAGACAAAACCACUACAAUAGCUCAUCAACUGUGUACAUCCUGAAUGGUACUCUACGUACAAAAAAACAAACGUUAAUAUGCAACUUUACAAAAACGUUGAAAUAGAACAUAAAGGUCAUGAGACUAGGUUGUGGUUGAAUAUACAACGCUAUCAUUCAAAGCCAUGAGUAUAACAUCCACACAUACAGUAUAUUUGAACUGUGGUUUAUCACACAUUCCUCAUUCAGUGCAGUUUUCCCUGAGAAUGCUGCUUUAAUACAGCCCUAUAACACAGACAAGCACAGCAAGGCAAGAUGGCGGUAUCUUUGAUGUCUGUUUGUCUCUUUCACCUAUCUGCUUGUUUUCUUAGUAUGUAUGUAUGUAGUCUUGUUUUGAAAUGCUCAGGAAGAAUUUCUUUACCUCAAAAAAGGAAAUAAAGAAUGUAUGCAGUCUUCAGUCUUAGUGAAGAGAGUAAAAGAGGGGAGGAGGAGCUGACGAGCAUAAGGAGAAAAGACCUCACACAGUCCUGUCGUAUACACACUGCAGCUGUCUGUGCAUAUGCCUCGAGGGAGAAACUUGAAAAUGAUACAAAGAGUAACAUUGAAUGUAAUUCAGGUAUUUCAAAGGAUAUUUGAUCCCAUAAAAUCCAUGUUUUUAUUAUUAUAUAUGAAUAUAUAAAUACAAAAAAAAUCGUAUCCUUUUAUUUUUAAUGUAGAUGUUUUUGGUGGAAUAAUGUUUUGUCUUUAUGAAGUGUUAUGUAGAACACAGAAAAUAUCCCUUUUUUGCUGGACAAACUGUUUACAAAUCAACCCAAGGCAUUGUGAGUUAACAUGUCGUAUUCAUGCAUUACUGUUAAAUACAUAUUCUAUUGUUAAUAGAUGCAACUCUUUAUCGAAAUCUAUGAAUAAAAGGUGCACAUUUAUUUCCCAAACCUGGACACAGACAAGAAGCAGUAAAACCAUUGUCAUAUACAUUUCAUUCUCAUAUACAUUUAAGUGUCACAUACAUUUCAUUGUUCUAUACAGCAGAAAGAAAAUAGAAAACGAGCAAGGACCUAAAUAUGAAUCAGCUAUAUGCAGUCGGCAGCUAAUCAUGUCUAACAAUAACCAUAUAUUGUUAAUCAGUAUUAUGCAUUAUGUACAAUACAACACAAUCCUAGAUAUAACAUGACAAUCCAGAGAAAAGCGUACACACAGGGUUGUGCUAUCGCUACUACUCUGUUUAACAACAGCCUGGAAAUAUCUUGUCAUUCAGUUGAGCUGCAGGUACCGAGGUGAGGUCAUGAUUAUUGGACCGUUACCAUGGUAUGCAGACCGGAGGUACACUGGGGGAUGAUGUAAUCGUCUUCGGCUUCUUCUCCUUCUCCUGUCUCUCUUUAUCUCUCCCCAUCUCUCUCUCUCUUCUCGUUAUCUCUCUUUCUAUGUACCCAAUGCAGUUAUUAUAGAGGUAGGGUCGUCCCUAUAGCCCUAGCUGCUGGCCCCUGUGACCAUGUGGCUGGCCCCCCUCUGCCCUCUCCCUCCUCCAUUCAUCCAUCCCUCCCCUCCUCCUACCCCCUCUUUCCCUCCUCCUUUUGGAGUGGCAUUGCUCUGAUUGAUGUCCGGGAACCUAAUAUCACAACCCUGGCCUCUCUCCAGUCUCCCCUGUACAGCUGGUGGCUUCAGUCAUGCCAUAGAGCCGAGUCAAACACACUGACCCCAGGGUUGAUACACAUUUUGUAAAAGUAGUGCACUAUAAAGGGAAUAGGGUGCCAUUUGGGACACAUCGUAGGUCUAAGAAAUUGAAAAUACAUCUUCAAACUUAGCAGGAGAAAUAAGCCUUAGGGAGCCUCUGAGAGAUGGGUUUAAAUAUGUAAUCAUUUUUGUGUAAUAACAUUAAGAUACAUAAUUUAUAAGGAUCAUUAGAGGCAGUUAUAAUUUGUUUUCAGAUAGAGGCAUAUCAGGCAGGGGCAGGGGCUUGAGGCAAAUUGUCGUAGUUUAUGACAGAAGUCAUGGGAGUUUAGUUCAUGAAAGGCAGCCGAUAUCAAUACUAUCAUUGGUUAAUUUGAUGAAUUAAAAAUCUUUUUGCUAUUUCCCAGAGCUCAGAUUCACAAAAUCGUCCGUGUUUGUCAAACAUGUAGAUUUCAGAAAAACAAUCAUUUUGUUCAUUCUUCUGCCAGUUGUUUUUGUUUUUGUUUUUCAUUAAUGCAUUACCUCACUCUACAUAUGUUACUGCUUCAUGUGUUAAUCAGCGAUAAUGAGUGGGAAUAGGUCUUAUCAUUAGAGGCAUUGAUGAUUGGGUGAGGUAGUACUUCCUAAAGGAAAGUCAAAUAACCUCACAAUGUUUGACUCACGCAUGUCCUUGAUAUCAUGUUGACAACACACCUUUGUUUAACCAGUGUUGUGUCUUCUUGAAGCCAAUGAGGAAACAAAAAAAAAUACAACAGUUUGUUCAACAAAAUAGGCUUUUGUUAGCUGUUUUGAAUCUAAUAUUACAGUAACUUUGUUCUUGCUUCUUGUAUAUCUUCUGUAACCAUUUCUACCUCAUUUGGCAACAUGUUGUACAUGAAAGUAUUCAUUUCAUGUCUUUUUUUAUGUCUGUUUUCAAACUGAUAAUAAUGUUCUUGAACUGUAAUCAUGGUCUACCUCAGAAAAGACUGUAUUUUAAGAGAAGAUUAUUACACAAUAUUAAACAGAAAUAUGUCAAUAUUGGA